AAACUACAGCUGGAUUCAUCGAAAUCGCAAUCAAUUGUCUAUGAAUCACCCAUUACUGUGACAAUGUGUUGUACAUCUCUGAUUGUUUCUAUCGAGAAAUCGCUUUAAAAUCUAGGUUUCGAUAAAAAUCAAGCAUUUGUGUAAAUUGUGUUUUUAAGAAAAAUAAAAUUGUAGUAAAUUAUGCAGUUACCCUUUUAUAAAGGGGUUUAAAGGAAUGAAUGAGAAUUAUAGCAAAGAUUGUUUAGGGCUUUGUUUAAGGAUAUCCGUACUUCAUCAAACGUGGAAGUGGUUGCAUCAAACAAUCGCGUUACAUGAAUAUUUGAUAUCUGUUACUGCAGCAAGUUCAGCAGGAAGUUACGGUGAUACAAAUUUGAUAUAUUUCAAGGUCGCCAAAGAACAUCAAAGAAAUUAAAAUAAACUUAUUCAAUACACUCUUAUAUUUAAAAUAACAUUUUCUAAUUAUAAAUAAUGUGUAUUAAAGCCAUGUGUUACAAGCUACGUUAACAAGUUGAAAGAAAUAUAAUUGUUAAGUAAUAGUCGUGAAAAAGUUAAACUCGGUUUUAAAAAAUUUUGUUAUAACCAUGAAUACCAUAAUAUCCAAAGGUUACAAAGGUGGCAUUCAUAAAUGCUUAUACUCUGUGUUUGAAGAAACACAUACUAAUCUACCCCGAAAAUUGGUUUAUACGAUUUACAAAAAUCAAAACAAGAAGACACCAAAUAAGUAUGGAUUACCCCCGUCGUCAUAUGUAACCAAACCAACUAAGAUUAAUUUAAACAGUUCAAAUGUUACAAAAAUAUCUGAUGCCAACAUUAUAAAAUCAGUGUUCAUUUCACAAUCAUAUGAUAUAUUUACAAACUUAGCUCUGGAGGACUGGUUGUAUAGAAAUUUCGACUUCACCCAUCACCACGUAUUAUUGUUAUGGGUAAACGAUCCAUGCGUUGUAAUAGGACGUCAUCAGAACCCUUUUAUGGAAACAAAUGUUUCGAAAUUGGAUUUAAAAGGUGUGACUAUAGCUCGUCGUAACAGCGGUGGUGGGGCAGUAUACCAUGAUCGUGGUAAUCUCAAUUGCACAUUUUUUACACCACGGGAACGAUAUAAUAGAAAAUAUAACUUGAACAUUUUAACAAGAGCACUUUUUCGAGAAUGGGCCAUUAAAUCGGAUAUAAAUGAACGAGACGAUGUAUGUUUCAACGAAAAAAAGUUGUCCGGUACGGCCGCAAAAUUAGGAUAUCCGAAUGCGUAUCAUCAUUGCACACUUCUUGCUAAUACUAAUAAACUCAACCUAGGAAAUUGUUUAAGCAAAGAAAAGGUGUACAGAAACAAUUUUUAGAAGAAAUUUUACACCUCUUGUGUGGGUUCAAUCACAAUAGCUGCAUUCACAUGCAGGCUUGAUAGUUCAGGGAUUUAGUUCGUUAGUUGAUAUUUCGACGCAAAAAGGAAUAUACAAAGCAUGACAACGUGAAAUCAAUCCAUAAAAAAUGAUUAAGAUUUUCAGAAUUUUACUAUGUUAAGAAUUAAUAUGGUCAAUUAUAUUAGCAAUUCAACGCCUUCAGUUCGCUCACCAAUUAAAAAUUUAUGUGAAAUAAAUCGCAAUGUCAAUACAUCGCAGUUAAUAUCUUCAGUUGGUUAUGAGUACCUGAGAACUUUUGCUACAGAGUUAAGAGAUGGCGGAAAUCAACAAAUUAUGAAACAACGUGGUUUCCAACUUAUCAAUCCCACAGAAAAAUGGUUUCCAGGAAUUGGCGACUUAAGAACAGAAUUCAAUUCUUGGGAGUGGAUAUAUGGUAAAACACCGAAGUUUUCAGUUGAAAAGGAGUUAUUCUUAAAAGAUCAGGAUAAAGAACAUAAAAUGAUUCUCAAUGUACAAGUGGAAAAAGGUCUGAUCCUCAAUGUAACUAUUACGAUGCCAAAUCGAGAGCAACUACCGGUGGUAUCUAGCUUACAUCGCAAAUGUUACAAUGAAGAAAACUUAAGUAAAAUUAUAAAUGCUCUUAAGUUAGCAUCUACCGACAACAUAAUACAAGCUAUAAACAGCCAUUAAUAUAA